AUGCACAUGGACAAAAGCAGAGGCGACCACCUGCAAGCAGAAGCUGAUCGGCUUAAAUCACUUGCAGUAGCAGGAGUGGCGAUGUCCGUUGUCGCAGCGGUUGUCUGUAUACUCACCGUUCCAAUGAUAUAUAAUUAUGUACAACAUGUUCAAACACUUCUACAGAAUGAGGUCGACUACUGUAAAUCCCGUUCUGGCUCUCUAUGGCAACAGGUUACAAAAGUACAGCGAUCUCAAGGAACCAAAAAUAGGUUGCCAAGACAUGCGUACGGAGGAUACUCAGCCAGCUAUGGAUCAUAUGACUCAUCUCCUCUUCGGGACUAUGUGGAUAAUAAAGAAGUCAGAGGGAAACCGCAAACACAAGUUGGAGGUGGAACGUGCUGUGGAUGCGGAAUAGGUGCACCUGGUAAACCUGGAAUUAAUGGUAGAGAUGGAAAGGACGGAGCCGAUGGACUUCCAGGAGAGAGUGGUCGUGAUGGGAAAGAUAGUCCAGAAAAUAUCUUCGCGUACCGCGACAUCUGCAUUCAUUGUCCAGAUGGACCACCGGGACCACCAGGUGAACCGGGAGCGAAGGGACUUCCGGGAAGACCUGGAAACCCUGGAAUUGAUGCUGAUGGAGGAAUGCGAGGACUUCCAGGACCCCCUGGCCCACCUGGAGAUCCGGGUCCCCCUGGUGAACCUGGGCCACAAGGUGAAAAGGGAGUAGAUGGGGUAUUGAUAGAAAGACCUGGUCCUCCAGGAGAACCAGGUUUACCAGGUACUUUGAAAAGCCCUCCAGGACCGGAUGGUCCUCCAGGUCCUGAAGGUAGACCUGGUGCACCUGGACUUCCUGGUGUAACACAAUCGUUUUCAGGCCCACCUGGACCUCAAGGUGACGACGGUCAGCCUGGUCUUCCAGGUCGACCUGGACCAACUGGUCGUCCUGGUAUACCUGGAAAGCGUGGACAACCUGGGCCAUGCUCACAUUGCCCACCACCUCGAACUGCUCCUGGCUACUGA